AUGAACCCCGACCGGAACAGCCGGAAGUAUCGCUCCGGAAACAAUCUGUACAGCGACGAUGAGCUGGAAUUAUCGUCGUCACAGGUGCUCGAGAAGGUGAAACCGGACCGUGUAACUUCCACCAAACCGGACGAAGACCGACGCCGGCGUACGAUCAUCGUGGAGAAGAAGAAUGGAUCGUACGGCUUUACGUUGCAAAGUUACGGCAUCCACUACAAGAAGGAGCAGGAGGUCGAGGUAAUCACGUACGUAGAUUACGUCGAGUACGAUGGUCCUGCGUACCGGGCCGGGAUGCGCGAAGGGGAUGUCAUCCUUUCGAUCAACGGUUACGAUAUGGAGAAGGCCGAACACAAGGAUCUGGUCAACUUUAUCAAAAACUGUGAUAAUAGAAUGCGCAUGGUGGUGCUAUUUGAGGACUGCUGCCGGAAGGUGGAGCUUCACCUCAAGUACAUCCAGCUGCAGGAUCUGCUCAAAAGUAAGAUGGCCGAUUUGGAAAGGAUCUGUUUGCGGGAACGCGAACUGCUGGAAGGAAAGUGGAAAACGCACAGCUUACCGGCGAGAAAGAAAACGAACGCCACCAGUGGAGAUGAUGGUGAUCCGGGCUCGACGACGGAUGUGGAAUCCGGUUCCACCGGGCCUUCCUUUUGCCGUCCGGCUGCGUCCACCGAGGACGUGAAGAAGUUGCUCCGACAGAAAACGUACAUUGUACCACCACCGGCACAAUUCAUGCUGGCCUAUCAUUGCCUGGACAGUAACUAUCGUUACGUGAUCCAUCCUUCCCAAGCAACUGGUGCGUGCGACAGUGCUAGCGGAACGGAAUACUCAACCUCCAACUGUGCUCAACCGAACAACCCAACAGCGGCCAAACUUUGCAAGGACCAUCAGCAUAUGAUGCGUGGUUCCUCCUUAGACAGUAGCUCCAUGGGCUGCAAACAGCAGCAGCAACAGCAGCAGCAACCAGCCUCUGCCUCGCCAACAAAAAGUCUUCACAAUUACGACACCAAAGCAUCGAAAUCGUCGUCCACGCGACGCAGCGGCCAUCUGCACGGACACUCGUGCAAUCCCUGUAUGGGCCACUUUCUGCGUAGCAGUAGUAGUAGUAGUAGUAGCGAUAAGAACCGAGCCGGUGAGAAGGAUAACACCAGCCUGGAUGCGUACGAUCUCGCCAGUCCUUGCUGUGAUCCACAGUGUGUUCCGUCGAGGCGUAAGUCGAAACAUCACAAAGAUCAUCACCACAAGCACAAACACCGUGAUCGGGAGGCGAAGGAAAUCGGUGGUAAGGAUCGUAUACCGAGGCCAAAGUCACAGCCACAUAUCUCACCGCAGCAGCAGCAGCAGCAACAGCAACAGCAACACCAGCAGUCACAUUCAAACUAUCUCUAUCGCCAUAAAGAUAAGCACGAUCAUCAUCAUUCGAAAGUGUAUGACCUAAACGCUAGUCUCGCCAGUCAUUGUAGUCUGCACUCGUGCACCUCGAGCGAGUUCAACCCGGCCGCCGAGAACUCGCCCGCCUCCUAUAGCACCUCCAUCAGCACCGACACGCUCUACUGGGAACCGCACAGCGAAUCGACCACCGUGUCCGCAUCCGGCUCAAUCCACAAGAAACCACCGGCCGGGGGCAACAGUUCUGCGAGCGGUGCCCUCGUCCCGCUCGGUGGUGGUGGUGGUGGUGGUGGCGGUGGAACCCGACUUCCACACACGCACCAACACCACUACUACAUCCAGAAGUACGUCCAUCCGCAACACCAUCCGGGUGGCGGUUCACAGCAGCAGCAACAGCUUGCCGCCAUCUAUCCUCCGCCACCACCACUGCCAGCCGUACACAAGCCCAAAUCCUGGGACAAUCUCGCAAUGAAAGGGUACGGUGGGUAUGGUUACGGGUACGGCUAUCUCGAGGUCGGCGGCGCAGGAGCCACCCUUACCAAGGCGAACCUGCCAACGGCAACGCGCACCCAAACCACCAUCACCAUCCAGCACCGGAACUCGAUACCGAAGAAAAAUGGCUACGAACGGUACUCGGCGUUUGUCGACGUGGAAAACUAUGCACCACCGCCGACCCAGUUCCUGCAGGAAACCACCACCACGACCACGACGAUCACUACGAAAUCGACCGAGAAUCUGCUCGGUGCACCGUACAACCGUUCCGAUUCCAGUCUGUCCUGCGAGUGUCUCGAGACGGCACCAUUGACCGGUGGUGGUGGUGGUGCGGGCAUGUUGGAACACGUACCCGACAAGUCCGGCUACUAUUCGAGCCUCGGUGGUGCGGCAAGUUCCGGUGGUGGUGCGAAGAAAUCUAAUCCCAAUUUAACUGAAAUAGCACGCCUUUAA